AAGACAGAGCUGAGACAGCUACCCAGGGGGUCCACUCCAGGACAGACUGUGCCGUGAGUAACCCUCUGAGACAAUGGAGACAAGAGAGACUCUAGAGGGAGGGUGACAAACUGUUCUUUUUUGCUCAAGACUGAGAAUUCUUCUAGGACAUACUUUCAGUGCUAAAAUCAGGAAAGUCCCAGGCAAGCUGGGACACUUGGUCACUCUUUAUAGAGGUGAGAAAUACUCAGGCUAGAAAGCCCCCAACCUCGGAUCCAUGGGCACUGGUGGGUGACUGUGCCUGGAGACCCAGAAAAGCCUCCCCCAGGGACACACAGCUGGUACAGGGCAGCACUGACUGGGGGCCAAGGUCUUCUGGCUCCCAAUCCAGGCCUGAGAGUGCAGAGGAUGCAUCUUAUCGACCACCUGCUCCUCCUGCUGGUUGGACUACUGGCCCUUUCUCAUGGCCAGCUGCACGCUGAGCAUGAUGGUGAGAGUUGCAGUAACAGCUCCCACCAGCAGAUUCUGGAGACAGGUGAGGGCUCCCCCAGCCUCAAGAUCGCCCCUGCCAAUGCUGACUUUGCCUUCCGCUUCUACUACCUGAUCGCUUCGGAGACCCCGGGGAAGAACAUCUUUUUCUCCCCGCUGAGCAUCUCGGCCGCCUACGCUAUGCUUUCCCUGGGGGCCUGCUCACACAGCCGCAGUCAGAUCCUCGAGGGCCUGGGUUUCAACCUCACGGAGCUGUCUGAGUCUGACAUCCACAGGGGCUUCCAGCACCUCCUGCACACUCUCAGCCUCCCCGGUCAUGGGCUGGAAACACACGUGGGCAGUGCUCUGUUCCUGAGCCACAGCCUGAAGUUCCUUGCAAAAUUCCUGAAUGACACUGCGGCCUUCUAUGAGGCCAAACUCUUCCACACCAACUUCUAUGACACUGUGGGCGCAAUCCAGCUUAUCAAUGACCACGUCAAGAAGGAAACUCGAGGGAAGAUUGUGGAUUUGGUCAGUGAGCUCAAGAAGGACGUCUUGAUGGUGCUGGUGAAUUACAUUUACUUCAAAGCCCUGUGGGAGAAACCAUUCAUUUCCUCAAGGACCACUCCCAAAGACUUCUAUGUUGAUGAGAGUACAACAGUCCAGGUGCCCAUGAUGCUGCAGGACCAGGAGCACCACUGGUAUCUUCAUGACAGAUACUUGCCCUGCUCGGUGCUACGGAUGGAUUACAAAGGAGACGCAACCGUGUUUUUCAUUCUCCCUAACCAAGGCAAAAUGAGGGAGAUGGAAGAGGUUUUGACUCCAGAGAUGCUAAUGAGGUGGAACAACUUGUUGCAGAGGAGGAAUUUUUACAAGAAGCUAGAGUUGCAUUUCCCCAAGUUCUCCAUUUCUGGCUCCUAUGUAUUAGAUCAGAUUUUGCCCAGGCUGGGCUUCAUGGAUCUGUUCUCCAAGUGGGCUGACUUAUCUGGCAUCACCAAACAGCAAAAACUGGAGGCAUCCAAAAGUUUCCACAAGGCCACCUUGGAUGUGGAUGAGGCUGGCACCGAGGCUGCAGCAGCCACCGGCUUUGCGGUCAAAUUCUUCUCUGCCCAGACCAAUCGCCAUGUACUGCGGUUCAACCGGCCCUUCCUUGUGGUGAUCUUUUCCACCAGCACCCAGAGUGUCCUCUUUCUGGGCAAGGUCGUCGACCCCACGAAACCAUAGCCCUCCCAGGGCUGCUCAUCUGUUUCAAGCAGGAGGAUGUGGCAGGGGAGGGCUGGGUGUGAGUAGUUCUGUGUUUAGAGUGGGGACAAGGAAGACACCGAAGGUCCAGAAGUCCAGGACAGCAGGUGCUGGCCCGUGGGGAGUGGGGAGUGGCACUGAGAUGGGCAGGGCCUGGACAUUCCACACCCUGGCGCUGUGCAGCCUCUGGCAGAGCAUCCAACCUCUUGGAGCAAGUUUCUGCCUCUGGAAAGGGGGCGGGCCCUUUCCACAACAGGGUGGUUGUUCCGAGUAAACAACACGAUGCUACGAA